AUGACGCUGCAAUGGUUGUAUCCUCACACCAAAAGCAUCAUUUUGGGUCGGGUCCUUGGCCAGCUGUCGGCCAAGCAAGCAGUGCCUGCAAGUGGGGCACGACGAAUGCGAGUCGAGCCACGUGUCUAUGCACCUGACGUGAAACCCAUGUCGGCACGUGGGCAGCACUCUCACGCGCUCGCCCGGGGCAAAGUCCGACAGGCAGAUUGCGCACUCAGUGCCGUGGCCGAGCAUCUCGAGGCUCGACCCGUAGCUAAGGGUUGGGAACGUGCGGAGGGCCUCUUUCCUGAUGCCUGUGUGCGGAGGGAGAGUUUGUGGGCUUGGGUUGGACGCUACUAG